AUGGAUUUUCCAGUCGAAAACUCUCAGAACUCUGCUCCAGGACUCUCUACCAUGGCUGAACAACAGAAACUCAGCGUCGUACCUCGGAAAGUAGACACCCAAAGCGUCACCAAACGGCUCCAAUCCGAACUCAUGGCCCUCAUGAUGUCCCCUACGCCGGGCAUCUCUGCCUUCCCUGACGCCGAUGGCAACAUGCUGCACUGGACCGCCACCCUGGUCGGACCCCGAGACACAGCGUAUGCAGACCUCACCUUCAAACUCAGCUUCGAGUUCCCCAGCAACUAUCCCUACGGUGCCCCCACCGUCCUUUUCAAGACACCCGUCUACCAUCCCAACAUCGAUUUCAGCGGUCGGAUAUGCCUCGACAUUCUUAAGGACAAAUGGAGUGCUGUCUACAAUGUCCAAACUGUGUUGCUAAGUUUGCAGAGCUUGCUGGAAGAGCCGAACAAUUCGAGUCCGUUGAACAAUGAAGCGGCCCAACUUCACCAGCAUGACCCGGAGGAAUUCCAGCGAAAGGUCCUGGCUCGCCAUGAGACUCUUGAGGACUAA